AUGAAAGAUGUAUUGGUAAUUUAUAUUACAAUAUGUUGGCGUUGUAUGAGAAAUGUAUUGGUAAUUUAUAUUACAAUAUGUUGGGGGUGUAUGAGAGAUGUAUUGGUAAUUUAUAUUGCAAUAUGUUGGCAGUGUAUGAGAGAUGUUUUGGUAAUUUAUAUUGAAAUAUGUUGGCGGUGUAUGAGAGAUGUAUUGGUAAUUUAUAUUACAAUAUGUUUGCGGUGUAUGAGAGAUGUAUUGGUAAUUUAUAUUGAAAUAUGUUGGCGGUGUAUGAGAGAUGUAUUGGUAAUUUAUAUUGAAAUAUGUUGGCGGUGUAUGAGAGAUGUAUUGGUAAUAUAUAUUGAAAUAUGUUGGCGGUGUAUGAGAGAUGUAUUGGUAAUUUAUUUUACAAUAUGUUGGCGGUGUAUGAAAGAUGUAUUGGUAGUUUAUAUUGAAAUAUGUUGGCGGUGUAUGAGAGAUGUAUUAGCAAUUUAUAUUGAAAUAUGUUGGCAGUGUAUGCGAGAUGUAUUGGUAGUUUAUAUUAAAAUGUGUUGGCAGUAA